GAAGUCCCUGUAAACGUUGAAAUGGAUACAGGUGUUGUUUUUCAAGUUGUCUGUAUUAUGGACAUAUUGGAGAGGCCUAAUUCCCCUUCAGCUUGGGGGAUGGCUCAAUUAACCACGGACUAUCCAGUUAUGGAAUACUGUUGUCCUAACGUGGGAAGUUCCCCCAGGACAUAUUUUGGAAUGGAGAACAAAAUGCAUGUUGCAGAACAAUAUGUAUUUUGUCAUUGUUUUAGGCAAAACCAGCCCCUCAAAACAGUGCCGCUUUAGUGUGGUAGACAUCAAUGAAUCUGAUGUCCCAGCAGAACUCCAAGUGUUAAAAGGACCCCUACAACAGCCGACUUUCCCUUUUGCGGUUGCAAACCAACUGUUGCUUGUUUCUUUGCUGGAACACUUGAGCCAUGUGCAUGAACCAAACCCUCUUCGUUCAAGACAGGUGUUUAAAUUGCUUUGUCAGACCUUUAUCAAAAUGGGACUGCUGUCUUCUUUUACCUGUAGUGAUGAGUUUAGCUCACUGAGACUACAUCACAACAGAGCUAUUACCCAUUUGAUGAGGUCCGCCAAAGAGAGAGUUCGUCAGGAUCCUCGUGAGGAUAAUUCUCAUAUCCAGAAGAUCAGAUCAAGGGAAGUAGCCUUCGAAGCACAGACUUCACGUUACCUAAAUGAAUUUGAAGAGCUUGCUGUCUUAGGAAAAGGUGGAUACGGAAGAGUGUACAAGGUCAGGAAUAAAUUAGAUGGUCAGUAUUAUGCAAUUAAAAAAAUCCUGAUUAAUGGUGCAACUAAAACAGAUUGUAUGAAGGUACUGCGGGAAGUGAAGGUCCUGGCCGGCCUUCAGCAUCCUAGUAUAGUGGGCUACCACACUGCUUGGAUAGAACAAGUUCACGUGGCCCAAACACAAGAUAGAAUUUCUAUUCAGUUGCCAUCUCUGGAAGUGAUCUCCGACGUGGACAAUGACAGAAAUCAAUAUGUUAAAACCGAUGAAAGUAACAGCUCAUUCAUUAUCUUCGCCGAGCUCACCUCAGAGAAAGAAAAGUCCUUAGAAGAAUCUGGCAUUGAAAAUCAGAAUAACAGAUUGGUGAAUUACACCACCAAUGCAGUUACAAGAGACGCCAGUGAAUUUGAAUCAUCCAGUUUAGUCCAGGGAAAUGGUUUGGCCGAUUUGCCUUCCAGAUCGAUCGUCGAACAUCAGCUGCCACUUAGGCAUCAUUCCGACUUAGAAGAGAAUUUCACAUCCACUGAGGAAUCUUCGGAAAACUUAAGUUUGUUGGGGCAGACGGAGGUGCAGUACCACCUGAUGCUGCACAUCCAGAUGCAGCUGUGCCAGCUCUCUCUGUGGGACUGGAUAGUCGAGAGAAACCAGCGGGGCCAGGAGUACGUGGACGAAUCUGCAUGUCCCUAUGUUAUGGCCAGUGUCGCAACAAAAAUUUUUCAAGAAGUGGUGGAAGGUGUGUUUUACAUACACAACAUGGGAAUUGUACACAGAGACCUGAAGCCUAGAAAUAUUUUUCUUCAUGGCCCUGAUCAGCAAGUAAAAAUAGGCGACUUUGGUCUGGCCUGCACGGACAUCAUACAGAAGAGCACAGACUGGAUCGAUAGAGAUGGGAAGAGAAUGCCCACGCACACUUCCAGAGUGGGUACCUGUCUGUACGCCUCCCCUGAGCAGUUGGAAGGAUCCGAGUAUGAUGCCAAGUCAGAUAUGUAUAGCUUGGGUGUGAUCCUGCUGGAGCUCUUUCAGCCAUUUGGAACAGAAAUGGAGCGAGUGCAAGUUUUAACAGGUUUAAGAACUGGUCAGAUACCUGAAUCCCUCAGUAAGAGGUGUCCUGUACAAGCCAAGUAUAUCCAGCUCUUAACUAGAAAGAACGCAUCUCAGAGACCGUCUGCUGUUCAGCUGCUGCAAAGCGAACUUUUCCAAAAUUCUGCAAACGUUAACCUCACUCUACAGAUGAAAAUAGUAGAGCAAGAAAAAGAAAUUGAAGAACUGAAGAAGCAGCUGAGUCUCCUUUCUCAGGACAGAAGGGCUAAGGACGACACAAAGGACGGGAGUGUGCCCGUCUCGCCUUCAUCAGGCUCUGUAAAUGUGAACUUGGACUUCUAAUCCUUCAGUCAACUGGAAUGUAAAUUUUUAGUCUUUAUUAGGCAUACUUGUACUUAGUGAACCUGUACAAGACUUAUUAAAGUUGUAGAAGUUCCCCCAAA